AAUACUCUUCUACUAGUCCUGUUUUUCGGAGCUUCGGUUGCUUUGGCAGAGUUGCCUUUUGAGAAUCCAGCUCUCGAUGAACUCUCGGAUGAAGAUAGAGAAGAAAUCACUGAAGAAUUGGAAGAGGUGGAAAAUGAUCCCUUCUUUUUAGAACCACCUAGUGGUCCCCCUUCACCCUCACCUCCACCCGAGGUAAAGUUCAGUUUGUUGUUUUUUUGUUAAUUUAGGCAUUUCACCGAUAAACGAAAACUGACACACAGAAGCAAUCGGUCAUUAAGAUUGUUAAUGAGUACGUUAGAAACUCAACCUGUACGCUGGUUCUAGUCAAACUAUUCUUUUGAUUGUUUAUAAUCAAAAUUUGAUCUUGAAAAUAGUUUAAAAAAAAAUGAACAUUUCUCCAAACUAAGUUUGCAUUUAGGCUUGUUACCACCAGUCCACAGAACUCUGUAGUCAAAAAUUAACAGAGUACUGUUUAGUCUCGAGAGAUGCACAAAAACAAAAAAAAACAGGGUAAUCAAAACCUGCCUUUUGCUGUAGGAACAUACAGGCCACGUGAAACGAAGUAGAAGCGAAAAAGUUUCCCUGAUUUAGAAACCUUCAAAUUACGUUAUGAAACAUGCAAGUUAAAUUUUUUCAAGAAGGAAAAAGCUCUCUUCUUUGCAGACUCACCACGGCUUCAUUUCUACCCGGCUGAUCUUGUUAAAGCAGAAAUAUAACUACAAUGGCUCUCUCGCCAUAUGAUCAUGUGCUCUUCUGAACAUUAAGGAAACAAAUUCUUCAGAAUAAUCCCCAGCCGGGAGCCGAGAUUUGUCUCUAAUACAUCAGUAUAUUAACGACACAAAAUAUUUCGGCGUUCUGUUUGCAGAAAAAGUACACAGGUCGUCCCAGGCCCAGUGGUCCAAGGCCAAGUCGUCGCCCAAGGCCCCGUCUUUCUUGUCAAACGCGAAUUGAGAAACUACGAAUAGCACAAUGAACCGCGUUACUCGAGCCAAAAUAUGUCAAAAACUGAUGCCUUACACUUCAUCAGAAUGCCCAAACACACUUCUGUUCUAUGUAUUGCGAAAGGCAUAUUGAUCAUCACAUCCCCCUGGCCCUUAAGAGAGAUAUAAGGAAGAGUGCCUACCAAAGUACCAGACUAAUUUGAUCGUCUUCGCUUUGAAAUCUUGCUAAGACCAACGUUUAACAAACAGUGUGGCUGAAUCCGCGCGAAGUUAUUCGUUUACUCAUUUCUUAGGGGUAUUUGUUAAAUUCCUCUACCAAAAAUUAUUUUUAAUCUAAUUAUUUCGCGAUCCUAAGCUCGGUGUAACUGUAGAUCACCACACCGCGGAACCUCUGCAACCUGCAAUCCUUCAUUUUUUGUGAAAUAAAUAAAUAAAAAUAAAAACUAAAAAGGCCUGAACACUGUUGGAAAGUUCGUUUUCGGGUAUAAAGAAGAUUACUUUAAAGAAAAAUAUGUUUUCAUUUCCUUGAGGUCCAACUUUAACCCCGGCGACAUUCACCGUAUCAGGGUAUGUAAUGUCAUAUGCAGCAACCAGCAGUCACCUAACCCGAGUGUUGAUAAUUGUACCAUGAUUUGAAAGCCCUAACGAUUUGGGUACCGCGAUAUCCGAGUAACGCCUCAUCCGAAGGCUCUCAGCAAACCUUCAAACUGGAAUUGGCGGCCUUUGAUUCUGUUUUCAUGAAGUAGCUAGAAUGAGGAACACGAGCGUUAAGUAACAUCAUCGCCGGUGAUGCAAUGUCACCGUAGAUUAAAAAAAACAUAUUUCUCUUUUAACAUCAUCUUCUUCAUAAACGAAAACGAAAUUUCGAACAGUGUUGAGGUAUUUUCAUCUUCUAUUUUAUUUCCUUAUUAUUAUUAUUAAUAUUUUUUUUUUACAAAAACACGAAUGGUUCCACAGGUUCCGCAGGUUCCGGAGAUUCCGCAGUCUGCUGAUCCAUAGUUUAGUACUACCCGUUGUGGGCCAGUUACCGAUGUGCAUAGUGCAUAAUCACCUCUUCCCAAUUUCAAAUUAGUGAGAAAUCUUACAUCGGUGGAUACUUUUUCAACCACGACAUAAUUUUCUCAUUCGCUUGCGGAGGAGUUUAAACAGGAAGAUUAGUGCAGUUUCCCCACAGUCAGCUAUCUAUUUAUUAAACAAUGAAAACAAGUAUGUCGUCUGUAUUUGAGCAGAUAAAGAGUUCGUGAGCUUAACAUAGAAAGUCAAUUUAACUAAGUCAAACGUUCUGAUAAUGUCAACCAAGCGCUCGGUACAUACCAAACAAAGCUUACCUCAGUGAUCUUUUCUAAGUAAUUUCUGAAUCAAAGAAAAGAAGGGUGAAAACUGUUUUAUUCGAAAUUUUUUUGGCCCCUUUUCCCCACACCUGCUCUCUACCCUCAUUCCUCCUGGCUCUUUAGGCCUUAAUCAGUAGAAAGGCUGACCGAGGUCAGAAUCGAUGCGCGAUGCUUAAACGUGCCAACCGUUGGUUUCAUUUCAGUAUCAAUUUACUCAGCGAGAUUUUCAUAACAAUUCUUAAAAGAAUCACAUCUGGAUUUGUCUUUUUUUCUGACCUUACUGUUUAAGCUGUUUGCUUUUUACGCGCGAGAUUUAUACAAUAAACGCUCUGGCAGAAGAAGUUCGUAAGAUAAACAUAUAAUGUUUACACAGCUCGGUCAACCGUUCUUUUAAUGAUAACACAUGUUUCUUGCAUGUAAACAGUCGUAAUAUCGCUAACAUCUCAUAGCGACCUUAAUCUAUUGCAUAGACUCCUUUUUCAAAAGACCACUCGUUUUGUAACAAACCGAAGGUACCAUCGUCUUUUCGACAAGCACUUUGUCACUUUUACAGCCCUCUUUUAAGGUUUUAUCCGUGGGACAGGAAAUUUACUACGUUCGGUAUGAAAUAUUUAAUAAAGGAUUACAAUGGAAUUAAACUUUCUGUCAUGUCUGUGAUCUUUCGUUAAGUAAACUGUUUACCUUUUGCGCGUAAGAUUUGUACAAACAGAACUUGAACAAAGGUAGCUUUGUUCUACUCUUUGUUGAUAGUCAUGCAGAAACAGGUUGUGCUGGCCUAUAAAAGUAGUCAGUCUCCGAGUUCAUGACAUUGCCUCACAAACAGAACAGCAUCGUUAUCGAGAUGAAUACUCUUCUGCUGGUUCUGUUUUUCGGAGCUUCCGUUGCCUUAGCAGAAUUGCCUUUUGAGAAUCCAGCUCUCGUUGAACUUUCAGAUGAAGAAGGAGAAGAAAUCACCGGAGAGUUGAAAGAGGUGGAAAAUGAUCCCUUCUUUUCGGAGCAACCUAGUGGUCCUCCUUCACCCUCACGCCCGCCCAAGGUAAAGCUC